AAAAAAAGAUCUUGGCAUUUUUUCCAAUAAUAUUUUCUUCAUUUUAGUUUUUAUAUAUAUAUGCAUAUGGUACCAAAUGGACGUUGGGUAUAUAUGGGCCUAAGUUGGUCUAUUGGGCUUAGAUUGUCGUAUUAUAAAAAACGAGCCCAUCGGAAUGUCUUCGCAUCAACCGCUCCGAUUUCUCGGCGCCAUUUGCUCCAUCGGAAACCCUAAUCGAAUCUUUUCGAUUCCCUUUUCCCGGAAAAUUGAAAAGGUUGCCUCAAGAAAGUCCUCCUUUCGGUUUCCAUUUCGGCCUCACAGCGAUCCACGGAAUCUGGAAAACUAGGGUUUUUCUCUUACUGGUUUAUUGAGGUGGAUUCCUUAGUUACAUACACACAUGGCAGAUGAGGUGGUUAUCGACGGUGAUGUCGACGAUUUGGCGGCGAAGGGAUUCUCCGAUUCCGAUCAAAGCGGCGGCGGGAAUACGGCUGAAAUGAAACGAAGAAUGGAGGAACUGGAGGACGAGAAGCAGAAGCUGACACGGGUGAAUCUGGAAAUGAAGGAGAGGUUGGAGCGGCUGACAGGUGAAUUGGAAGAGCUGAGAGGCGUGGAAGCGGAGAUGAACCAGAGGUUCGGCGAGAUGGAGAAGGAGUUCGAGCAGGCUGAGGAAGAGAAGAAGGCUCUUGAAUCCAUUGCCGCGAGAGCAGUGGAGCUCGAGACAGAGGUUUCGCGGCUUCAGCACGAUCUGAUCUCCACCAUGAGCGCGGGGGAUGAGGUGGCGGCGGAGGUGGCCGAGCUGAAAAAGGCGGCGGCGGAGAAGGGGGAGAAGUUGGAGGCCUCUGAGAGGGAAGUGGUGGUGUUGAGGAAAGCGAGGGCCGAGACAGAGAAGAAGGUUAGGGAUCUUGAACGGAAAGUUGGGAUUUUGGAAGUGAGGGAAAUGGAGGAGAAGAGCAAGAAACUUAGAGUGGAAGAGGAGAUGAGAGAGAAGAUUGGUGGGAAGGAGAGAGAGAUUAGCGAGUUUCAGAAGAAAAUUGCGGGCUUGAAGCUGGAAACGGUGAGGAAUGGCAAGGAUGUGGAGAAAUGCAAGUGGGAGAAGAAGCUUGCAGAGGAUGCUCUGAGAGAAUCAGAGAAAAGGGAGAUUGAGCUGGGGUUGAAGAUGGAGGAGUUGCUGAAGCUGAUCGAGGAGGCGAAGAUAACAAUGGCUGGGUUGAAGGAGAUGAUCAUUGAGUCUAAUAAUGGAAUUGGAACAAGGAAGGUCAGUAAUUGUGACCAGAACAGUUUCUUGGAAGUGAAGUCACAACAAUGGCCUGUUCUUGCUGCUGGGUCUGUUGGAGCUGUUGGUUUGGUAGCGGCAACUUUGUUUGUCUGCUAUUCGAAGCGAGGGUGAUUUAUCGUAGGUACUGGAGCCAUUGUUGAGGAUUGCUCUUUCAGUAUUACAAUCGAUAUCAGUUAUGCUUUAUAGGUUGCCACGAUUUUGCUUGGUUUUGAUAUCUGAGCUUGUGAUGUUUUUGGCUGUUGGUUUUCUUGUUUUUGUUGAAUCUUCGGCUUAUCGAAUGCAUUUGAUAACUUCUUCAUCACCUCUCUAGUUGUCUUAUGAAAUUGUUUCCAGCACUGCGCGGUUUGCUGAAUAACAAAGUAAAUCAAUAGAAACAUGUUUCUGAAUA